CACUUUCUCCCUCUUCGGCCAACUCGGCUGCAGUUGGGCAACGAAUCGCUCGCUCCCAAAGGCGGCCCCGGCCCCGGCCCCGGUUCUGGUUCUGCGGAUAUGCCACUCGGACGCCGUCUCCAGUUUUAUUUCGGGACGUCACGCAAGAGCGGAAUGGACGCCCAACGCAGCGAGUUGUGGAUUUGCGCCAUUUGUAGUUGCUGAAACAACAACUGAUUUCGGAUGUCUUGUCUUUUUGAUUGCGAGCCUGAUCGGAGAAAGUUGAGCCGGUAAGGGGGACCCGCGCCCCCCCACCCCCUCCGCCCAGCGAACUGAGACUGUGCGGCGAGGUGUUCUUUUUGAAACAUUUUGAAACCCUUAUGGGUAUUUUUUUAAGUUAUUUUGAAUGACACAAGAAGAUUUCUCGUUGUCUGUGCUGUCACAUCCGGGACACAAUUUUGACACCCCUGAUAGAUAUUUUGGAAUCGGUCAAUAUUUGAUUCAAUUUCCUACCGGGAACACCGACGAGCGAACGAAUCCACCUUGAAAAAAAGACUUUUUUUUCUUUUCUCCCCCUCAACGGAACUACUUUGCAUCAUCCACUGGAGGUCUAGCAGUUUCGAGGUUGGCCCAACCAACUGCACGCUUCCUUUUUUUGUUUUUUUGUUUUUGUUUCCGAGCCCGCAUGGAGCUCCACUGCAAGCACGACCCGUUCGCGGCCAUGCACAGGCACGGCGGCGUGAACCAGCUCGGGGGCGUUUUCGUGAACGGCCGACCUCUCCCGGAUGUCGUGCGGCAGCGAAUAGUGGAACUCGCCCACCAAGGCGUGCGCCCCUGCGACAUCUCCCGCCAGCUACGCGUCAGCCACGGAUGCGUCAGCAAGAUCCUCGGCAGGUACUACGAAACGGGCAGUAUCCGCCCGGGUGUGAUCGGGGGAUCCAAACCAAAGGUCGCUACGCCCAAAGUGGUCGACAAGAUUGCCGACUACAAGCGGCAGAACCCCACCAUGUUCGCCUGGGAGAUCCGGGACAGGCUCCUGGCCGAGAGAGUGUGCGACAACGACAGCGUGCCCAGCGUCAGCUCCAUCAACAGGAUCAUCCGGACCAAGGUUCAGCAGCCACCGGGCCAAAUGGGCUCAGUCGCGGCUCACAAUUUAGCGACGUCAGUGGCCGCCACGCAGGUCUCCGCGGUGACCAGCGACUCGGCCGGCUCGUCGUACUCCAUCAGCGGCAUUCUGGGUAUCAGCUCGGCUGCUGAUGUUGGGAAGAGGAAGAGGGAUGAAGGUCUGCAGGAGUCGCCGCUGGCCAAUGGGCACAGCCACAGUGGGCGGGACUUCCUCAGGAAGCAGAUGAGAGGGGAGCUGUUCUCGCCGCAGCAGAUCGAGGUAUUGGACCGCCUGUUUGACAGACAGCCGUCCUGUCCGAUCCAAUCCAGCUCUGACCUCUAUGCGAGCCCAGACCCUGGCAAGACAUCGGAUUACUCGUCCAUGGCGUCGCUAGCCGGCGGACUGGACGACAUGAAGAACGGUUUGGCCAAUCCCGGCACCGGGGCGGAAUUAGGAGCCAGCGUGGCCGGCCCGCAGUCCUAUUCACUCGUUCCAGGUCGAGACCUCGCCAGCACCACCCUGCCGGGCUACCCUCCUCAUGUCCCCCCCGCGGGACAGGGCAGCUACUCCGCCCCGUCCCUGGCUGGCAUGGUACCAGGAGGAGAUUUCUCCGGGAGCCCGUAUUCCCAUCCUCAGUAUUCCACGUACAACGAAUCCUGGAGAUUUCCCAACCCGAGUUUAUUAGUCUUUCAGCAAGAUUACGGUUCCCUCCUGGGGACGGAAAUCGGCUGCUCCUCCGGUCUCUUCGCCAGCCAGGCGGGACAGAUGCAAGGGUCACCGUACUACUACAGCGCGACGUCACGAGGGGCGGGGCCCGCCGCCACGGCCUCGGCAUACGACCGCCACUGACCGCUGAGGAGAGGAGGCGACGAGGGAAGGAGGGAAGGAAAGGAAAGCACCAGCACUGCUCACUUGAACGGGCCCAACCCCCCCCCCGCCCCCCCCGCGCAGGGACCACUCGCGUUUGGACCAUGUUGAGCCUUUUUGGGACUGCCGUCGAGGGCGCCCGCCACACUGCCCGCCCAUGAAAAGGCUUGUGCGAGGACGCUCGUGAUGCAGUGCGACAGGUAGGCUCCAUCCGUGCGCUUCGAGAACAGUUUGGAGAGAACUCUGAGGACUCUUCUACUACGCGAAAGAUGGCUGCGACAUGUCUGCGCACAAUCAAACGCGUUGUGAUCCUGCGGGCUAACCGGUCGGGAUGAUUGUUUUUUCUGAUGACACAACGUGGCCUGGCGAGGGCAAAACCCCACCGCGCUUUUAUAAAACCUGACGUCAAUCAAUUCACACUUCUAUGCCACGCUACGGUAAAGUAAAGACAAUCCAACUUGCAUAACUUUAAACGACCAAACAUUUUCAAUGCCAGCCUCUUGGGGUUACAACAGGGGCGGGGAACCUGCGGCCCGUGGGCCACGUCGGGCCACGAGAGCAUUUUAUUUAGCCCGCCGGAAAAAUCAAACUUUAGAUCGGCUAUUCGAAAAGGCUCCAAAUCACCCGCAAUUGCUCAUAACACAUCCGGCCGUCCCUUUUCUAUACCGCUUAUCGUCAUUGGGGUCGCCGGUGACUGGUCACCGGCCAAUCAAAUAGGUCAGGGGUCAAACUCAUUUUCAUCGCAGGCCACGUAGUUAUCAUUUGCCUCGCACGUCCGUUUUGGCUGUCAAAAUAUUAUUAUAUUAUUUAUACACGAUCAUCUGCAUUUCAUUGUUUUACAUAGAAACAUGAAUUUGAAAUCCGAAGUCAUGGAAAAUAGUGACGGCCAAAUAUUCAAGUGUAUAACUAUUGUUACAUUUUUGUUAAGAGGAGAUUGAGGUAAAACAUGCAAAGAAAAAAUAAUGCUUGUAAUGGAGUACCUGUAUAAGGUGGAGAAAAUUGCAAUUUUGAGUACAGACUCUGCCAAAAUGAAAAGAAUAAAUCCAUGUAGCUAGAAAGAUGAGGUCGACUCACUUCAUUCGGUCUGACACCUGCGACCUCGACAAACGACCAUCGACACUCACAUUCGCACCCGAGGACAAUGCCGAGCGUUCAGUGACGCCGACGGACAUCUGGGACGCAAACCAAAACUCCCACAAGCAUAAAUGAAAACUGCUGAGAUUCGAACGGCAAACCUCGGAACCGUCAGCCAGAUGUGCGAUCCCCUCGUUCGCCGCGCUGCCGUUGCUCUUCGUGCACACUCCAAAUGUGUUCAAUUAUCCCAACGUGCUUUUUUUGGUUCACGGACGUAGUACGGCGCUCUGACGAAAACGGAACUGGCUGCGGAGGUUCCCCCGCCCCUGGGUGACAACAAAGACGAGAAUAGAUGGCGAGGGCGAACCUUUCUGGCAAAGCACAGACCUCAAGUGUCAAAUGAACUCGGGACCGUGUUUGAAGCGAGCCGCGACUAAAGUCAAGCGGGGAGUGUGUUAAGGUGCUACCCGACCUCCCCCGCCGAGAUUUACAGUCGUCGCUAUCGACGGCUAUUUAGAAUAGUGGAGAAAGAGUAAUAUAUUGAGAAGCUUUUCUGCGCCGCACUCUGCCAUGGGAGCGAACGCCUGGAACCAUUUAUAAUGUGUCACGCUGUUGUGCUAGAAUAGUCAUGAUGACGAUGAUGAUGAUGAUGCAGUAAAAUCUUGCAGAAGGAAAAAAAGAAAAAAAAAAGGAAAACGGUUGUUUGUUUAUAAAUAUGUUCGGACUGAGGUUUUCUUGUUUGGAAAAGUUUUUUUUUUUUUUUAUCCACUUCCUGCUUGUUCAUAAAGAAGAGUCAGGAAAUCAGGAAGUGGCGGCACCCCUAUUUCGCACUCUCUCUCUCUCUCUCUCUCUCUCUUUCGCACUCGCUCUUGAAAUUCCCCAAAGAUGGCCCCCCCUAGUGGAGCGGCUGACUAACUACAAAAGCACAAAGAGACUCAAUCAUUGUUAAAAAGGCCGUUUUAUUUUGUUGGGACUUUCUUAUGAACUGAAAUCGGACUUCUUCUUAACCUUGACUUUUUUAAUUGCUUGGCCUUCUGCCGUUUGACAUGCCGGAAUUGUUUCAGUAAAAAAAUAUUGCAUUUGUGGGGGGGAAACAAAAAACAAAAAAAACGAGAAAUGGAUUUCUUUUUUGUUUCAUCUUCCCGUGUUAGUGUUAGUUCAGCUUCCCGCGCUGUGACAAUUUAUGUCGAGGCCUUAUCAAUAUCCAGUGCGCGCACGCUAGGAGACCGAUUGGCUCCUGGACCAGAUGAGUGCGUGAAGACUGAAGACCACAACGCCGGUCUGUGGGAAUGGGCGCAAUCUUCCUACGUCCCGUCUUACGUCAUACAAAAUGAUCUACCGUGAUGAGACGCAUGAAAAUAUCCAUACAUAUCACCUUUGGAAUUUAUGUUUUGGUGAUGAUUCUUUCUUUAGGUUAAAAAUGCAAAGAGGCUCGCGGUGUUACUUUGUUUCGUUGUAGCAAUUUCCAGAAACUGCGAUAGCGUGGAUGCACCAAAUCCCCAAAUAUACAAACAGCGUUAACCUUUCGGCCUUUGUUCGACCUGGAUCGGAAACAGGAAUCGAGCGUUUUCUUUUGUAUGAGUCGACCUUGAAAGUUGUGUGUGCACAACUCUGAAGAAAAAUCUCCUGUCAGCUCUCUUAUUGUGCUGCCAGCGCACAGCGGAAGCCUUUCGUCAGUGCUCUCUUUCUUUCUAGCUCUUUCUGAGGCAUUAUUAAACCUGAACCACACCAGCUGAAAACGAGGACAGUGCCUUCAACAUGAGCGAGCGCUUGUCACCGGAAACAAGCCUCCCGGAAGAAAAAAAAACGCACAAAAAAAAAGUCUCGACGUGCCGAGACACAGUUGGAAACGAGAAUAGGAAAGAGGCUCAUUUGCAUUCCGGUUACACCGAUGCGCCAAUGACACGAGCUGGGCCGAGUUUCACGCUCCGCCGUGGACAUCGGGCACGACUUGGGCAUUUCAGUCACUUCUUUACAUUCACAUUCAACUCGAGGAUUCAAUGUUGGUUUCUUUCAUGGACCAAUUCAAGUCAAUCUGGUCUGACUGAA